AUGACAUCUGAUGAUGCAAAUGUAAGUUCAGAUUCAAGUAAGACUGUUGCUGCUGCUGUUGCUGUUGCUCCGACAAUGUUGCAGGAUGAAUCCAAGCCGAGGUGUCGGUGCAAUGCUCUUGGGGUACCGAGGAGGACAAGUUUGAGGACGGCACGUACAACGUGCAUCCUGUGGCUGUGGUUGGGGACGCAGUGCCAACGACUCCUCUGCUGAACACCGCGUGCGAGGACGAGGUUGGCGACGGCGAGGGGGACGUGGGCCAUUCCUGCGUGGGUGGUAGACAAGCUGGAUUUAAGUUCUGCAGGCUUUCUGGGCUGCGUGGCGACCAGCCUGGCGCCGCUACGUAUGCCGUGGAAUUUUGGUUCUUUACGGUACCAGCUACCACAGGGACGUUUUGUAAAACGAUAACGAAAGAAGAAGAAGAAGAAGAAGAAGAAGAAGAAGAAGAAGAAGAUGUCUCUUCUGAGAGGAGCAGGGAUUUUAUAAACACUAAUGAAAGUAACACUGAAGGCGGCGGGCAGCAGAAGAAGCCGAGCCGCCGGGCAAUAAAAUUUUACGAUUUUAGCCACGAUCCUGCGUAG